CUGAGCAUCGCCAUGGCUAGUUUGGGUGGGAAAGCUGCUUCGUUAGGAUUAGAGAUUGUGGAGGGGGAUGGUGGACUUCCCAAGGUUUGUCUCAGCUCGGAAAAUGGAAGUAAAACUGAAAUCUAUCUAUUUGGUGGUUGUGUCACGUCAUGGAAAGUCCCGAGCGGCAGGGACCUUCUAUUUGUCCGACCAGAUGCAGUAUUUAAUGGGAAGAAGCCUAUCAGUGGUGGAAUCCCACAUUGUUUCCCACAAUUUGGACCUGGUCCUAUGCAGCAGCAUGGAUUUUCACGGAACAUGAACUGGUCUGUUGCUAACUCUGAUGAGAUUGAAGGUAGUCCCAAUGUAACUUUGGAGCUCAAAGAUGAUUCUUACAGCCACUCAAUGUGGGAUUUCUGCUUUCAAGCUUUGUAUAAGGUUGUGCUGCAUUCCAAGAGUUUAUCCACCUAUCUGACCAUCACCAAUACAGACAAGAAGCCUUUCUCUUUUAGCUCUGCGUUGCAUACUUACUUCCAUGCUUCUGCAGCUGAUGCAUCAGUAAAAGGUCUGAAAGGUUGCAAGACAUUGAAUAAAGACCCAGACCCUUCUAACCCAUUGGAGGGUAAGGAGGAGAGGGAGGUUAUAACUUUUCCUGGAUUUGUUGAUUGUAUUUACCUUGGUGCACCUAAAGAACUCCAGCUUAACAAUGGAUUGGGUGAUAUAAUAACCAUACAAAAUAAGAAUUGGUCAGAUGCUGUUAUAUGGAACCCACAUUUGCAGAUGGAAUCUUGCUACAAAGACUUUGUCUGUGUUGAAAAUGCACAGAUAGGGAAAGUUCAAUUAGAGCCCGAGCAGUCAUGGGUUGCAGAGCAACAUCUCUCCAUUAGCUGAAGAAAAACAAAUUUUCAGUUUUCUUUUGUGCAUCAAAAAACAUAAUUGGGAGGUGCAUAAACUGUCAUGUUUCCUUUCAAUAAAACAUGCUCAAAGAAAUUGCCGUUCUCUUUAAACUUGAUUUUGCUUAAUUUAGCUUAUUUAAUUGUUAUUUAUGCUUGAUGACAAUUGGGCAUAUAACA